AUGACUGCCACUCAAAGUUACAAAUUCGGGACUAAAGCCAUUCAUGUUGGCUCCGAACCUGAUCCUUCAACAGGUGCUGUGAUCCCAGCCAUUUCCUUGUCCACCACUUUUGCCCAAACCUCCCCAGCUCAACCAAUUGGUGUGUACGAAUACUCCCGUUCCCAAAACCCAAACCGUCACAACUUGGAACGUGCUGUUGCCGCUCUUGAAAACGGUAAAUAUGGUUUGGCCUUUUCUUCUGGUAGUGCCACCACCGCCGUGGUCCUCCAAAGCUUGGCCCAAGGCUCCCACGCCAUUUCUUUUGGUGAUGUUUACGGGGGUACUCACCGUUACUUCACCAAGGUUGCCAACGCCCAUGGGGUCAAGACCGAUUUCACUAAUGAUCUCGUCAACGAUUUGCCAAAAAUGUUGACCAAGGAAACCAAGUUGGUGUGGAUCGAAUCCCCAUCUAACCCAACAUUGUCGGUGCUUGACAUUAGCAAAAUUGCCGAAAUCAUCAAGGCGUACAAGACCGCCAACAACGUCGAAGACUUGUUUUUGGUUGUUGACAACACUUUCUUGUCCCCAUACAUUCAAAACCCAUUGAAUCUUGGGGCUGAUGUUGUUGUUCAUUCCGGUACCAAGUACAUCAACGGUCACUCCGAUGUUGUCAUUGGUCUCCUCGCCACCAACAAUGAAGUGUUGAAUGAAAAAUUCACCUUCUUGCAAAACGCCAUUGGUGCCAUUCCUUCUCCAUUCGACUCGUGGUUGGCCCACCGUGGUCUUAAGACUUUGCACUUGAGAGCCAGAGCCGCUAGUGAAACUGCGUUGAAGAUUGCCAAAUACUUGGCCGACAGCGAAUACGUCGAUGCCGUCAACUACCCUGGUUUGCCAACCCACAAAAACUAUGAAGUGGUGUUGAAGCAACACAGAGACGCUUUGGGUGGUGGUAUGAUUUCUUUCAGAAUCAAGGGUGGUGCUCAAUCUGCUGCUAAGUUUACUUCGGAAACUAAGCUCUUCACCCUCGCUGAAUCGUUGGGUGGUAUUGAAUCCUUGAUUGAAGUUCCUGCUGUCAUGACCCACGCUGGUAUUCCAGAAGAAGCAAGACAAGCUUCCGGUGUUUACGAUAACUUGGUUAGAAUGAGUGUUGGUAUUGAAGAUGCCGAUGAUUUGCUCGCUGAUAUCGAACAAGCUUUGAAAUCCUCUGCCAACUAA